AGUGAGACUAAACCACCAACAGAGGACGCUGCGUUAUACCACUUGAACGAGGACUCAGUCACAGCAUCACUCAGGUAGUAAACCAGAUUGGAGGAGCAGAUAGGAGCGACCGUGGAGCUGUUGAGCUCGCACAUCCCUCUGCUCUUCCAGCUCACUCCCCGAACCUCCGCUCACAUAAUCAUGGUGGCUAAAACCAGGAAACAGACCGGGAAGAGUCCCGGUCAGACUCAGACCGAGCGCGACAGAAACCUUCAUCACGUUUCACCCCACAGCAAAAGUAACAUUAGGCGACCAGGCAGGGAGAGCAAGGCUUUCUCUCAUCCAAACGGGCUGUCAGUAAUCGGACACAAGCUCGGGCUAACUUCGUCUUCGGUCUGGAAGCUGGGUUUCACGGUCCUGCUUGCUGGGCUGACUGGAUAUCUGCACUGGUCUCAUCUGUCUCAGCUCUUUGAGAAUGACAGGCACUUUUCACAUCUGUCCAACCUGGAGAAGGAAAUGGCCUUCCGAACAGAAAUGGGUCUGUACUAUUCCUACUACAAGACCAUUAUUGAGGCUCCUUCGUUCCUGGAUGGACUCCACAAGAUCAUGAACGAUCGACUCACCGAGUAUCCUUUGGUUAUUAACACACUGAAGAGGUUCAAUCUCUACCCGGAGGUGGUCCUGGCCAGCUGGUACCGUAUGUACACAGGUGUUAUGGCCUACUUUGGGAUUCCCACAAAGAUGUGCUGGUCCAUUAACAGAGGAGAGGGACUCACUCCUGUGGAUAGCUGUGAAGGUCUGGGCGAUCCUGCAUACUUCUACGUAGCCUGUGUUUUCCUGCUGAAUGGAGCAAUGAUGAGCCUGUUCUUUAUUUAUGGUGCUUACCUCAGUGGAAGCUGCCUGGGUGGGAUUGUCACCACUUUGUGUUUUUUCUUUAAUCACGGUGAAAGCACUCGUGUGAUGUGGACUCCACCCCUGAGGGAGAGCUUUGCUUACCCCUUUUUAGUCCUGCAGAUGCUGCUUCUCACCUACAUCUUACGCACACGAAACCCAAGCAGGACAGCCAUGGUCGCUCUGGGCAUCUCCAAUUUAUGCUUCAUGCUGCCUUGGCAGUUCGCCCAGUUCGUGCUGCUCACUCAGGUGGCGUCUCUGUUUGCAUCCUACAUCCUGGGCUACCUCGUUGCUUCAAAGAUGCAGUCUAUUCUUGUCACCCAUAUGGUCACACUCGGGGUCUGCUUCAUCCUGAUGUUUGGGAACUCCAUGCUCCUCACGUCUUUUUACGCCUCUUCGCUCAUUUCCAUCUGGGUCAUCAUUGCUUUAAGGGACAGAUUCAUUCAGAUGUUCAGACCCGGUAUUGUCAUCUGGGUCAUGCAGGGCCUGGCUUGGGUUGGCUCCACAGUUCUGCUCAAAUUUCUGCUUUCCACUGUGUUUGGUGCCUCUGAUGAUGCCCACAUCAGUGGUCUGAUCAAGUCCAAAUUCACAAGUUACAAAGACUUCCACACUCUGAUGUACACCUGUGCUGCUGAAUUUGACUUCAUGGAGUUUGAGACGCCAGUACGUUACCUCAAAACAUUGCUGCUGCCCAUCAACUUGCUGGUGAUUGCGCUCAUUGCAGGCAGGACUGUGCAGGAUUUGUUUCGGACUCUGACACAAGAAACAAGAACGGAUGAUGUUGAUCAAGCUGCGGGGUCUGAUGUUGCAGCAAAAGGAGAGAUGGUGUACCACAGCUUACAGCUGAUAGCCUUUACCGUCCUCGCCAUCCUCAUCAUGCGCCUGAAGCUCUUCCUGACCCCGCACAUGUGCAUCAUGGCGUCACUGGUCUGCUCCCGACAGUUGUUUGGUUGGAUUGGUGAGAAGUUCAGGCACCAGGCUGUAGUUUUUGGAGUCAUGGCCAUGAUGGCCAUACAGGGAGUGGCCAACCUGCAGGCCCAGUGGGCGAUUAUUGGAGAGUUCAGCAACCUGCCGCAGGAAGAGCUUCUGGACUGGAUCCAGGAAAACACUCGUCCCGACGCUGUGUUUGCCGGAGCCAUGCCCACCAUGGCCAGCGUGAAGCUUUCCACUGGACGGCCUAUCGUCAACCACCCCCACUACGAAGAUGCUGGUCUCAGGGAGAGAACCAAGCUGGUUUAUUCCAUGUACAGUCGCAUGUCUGGAGAAACCGUUAAGCGAAACCUGAUGAAGCUGGGGGUGGACUUCUUCAUCCUGGAGGAUUCCUGGUGCACCAGGCGAACCAGGCCCGGGUGUAGCAUGCCAGAGAUCUGGGACAUAGAGAACCCUGACAACGUUGGUAAAAUUCCCUUCUGCACCCACAUGUCCAGGAACUCACGGCCCUACUUCAGCACCAUCUUUUCCAAUGAUAUCUACAAAGUUCUCAAGGUUCCUAAAGAUCUGAGAUAACAAUGUUGGACAGACAGGACCAAACCAAAUCAAUUUUAAACCAACUGUUUUCUGUUUCUUAUUUUUCUUCACAACUCAAACAGCUGUGGUCUCUCUUUGCUCGUAUUCCUACCACGGACACAAAAUGCCAUAACUCCGUCCUCUGUUGCUGCGGUAUUUGUGACUCACUGAUGGUAUUUGUUUUCUGCAUCUUUCUGAUCUGGAAUCAUCACUGUGUUCAUGUCAGGAUCCACGUGAAAGCCAAAAGGUGUCACUGUUUCUCAUUUAGCAUGUUGCGUUGGCUCCUGUAUGAUUAUUCCUUGUUUUAAAGGAUGCAUCCAUAUUUUUCUUCCUGCAUUUUUAAAUUUCAGUGUCGCUUCAGCCGUAAACGAUCUGUCAGUGAUGUCCACAUACUGUGAAGCAAUACCCUUUGCAAAUUUGACAAAGAAGCUGAUUUCCUCUAUCAUGUACAGUGAAAAGGUUUUUCUGUAGUACAGUAUUUUUAUAAUUUAUUUGUGUGAACAGUUUUAUGCAAUUUUAGGACGUCUGUGUUCGGAGGCUUUUUAAAUCUAAUACAUAUCAUACAGUGUUACUGAAAGAUUUGGACAACUUCACAUGAGAAAGAAGCCCUUGUUAAUUUUGUUGUAAUCGGGAAGCUUUUUUCUGGGAUGAAUAUAGUUAGGAAAUGUAUAUAUUUCUUCAAACAGCCGUGGUACAACUUUUUAUAUACUUGUUUUGUAAAAUACUGAUGUUAGGCCUUAAAAUGGUUCCGGUUGUGUUUCUUGAAUUAUUGUUUGUUGCCAAAGGAAGUCUUGUUAUUAAAAAGCUGCAUAUUCAGGGUCA